CUUAUUCUUUCUUUAAAUUCCUUAGGUGGAAUGCAAGAUUAUAACUAUCUUUGGGCUAACUGCUUUGAGGUCACCUUUGAAAUUUCCUGCUGCAAAUAUCCACCAGCUGCUCAGCUUGAGCAAGAAUGGCUGAAUAACCGGGAAUCUUUGCUCGUUUUUAUUGAAAAAGUACACAUUGGAAUUAAAGGAUUUGUGAGAGAUUUGGUCACUGGGGCUGCCUUGGAAAAUGCAACCAUUGCGGUGGCCGGGAUUGCUCACAACAUUACAACUGGACAGUUCGGUGACUAUUACAGAUUGUUGGUGCCUGGAACCUAUAAUAUCACAGCUUCUGUCACGGGUUACCUGCCAGUCACCACAGAGAACAUCGAGGUGAAGGAAGAAAAUGCAACUGUGGUGGACUUUUCCUUGCAUCCCGCCGUCACAGGGGUGACUUCCAGCCCUACCACCAAGGAAGUGCUGAUAACUGCCAACAACUCUCUUGCCGACGCAGCAACUACCACUGCUGUCAACAGAUCAAACACUGCUCGCCAGGUGAUCCAGCCGGAUGAUUUUCGCCAUCACCACUUCCCUGAUAUGGGUAUCUUUCUGAGGAAAUACGCCACUGAGUACCCCAACAUUACCCGACUCUACUCGGUAGGCAAGUCUGUGGAACAAAGGGAGUUGUACGCGAUGGAGAUAUCAGAUAACCCAGGCAUUCACGAAGCAGGUGAACCGGAAUUCAAGUAUAUUGCCAACAUGCAUGGCAACGAAGUCGUGGGACGGGAACUGCUCCUCAAUCUCAUAGAGUACCUCUGCAAGAACUACGGAACGGAUCCCGAAGUGACUGACUUGAUCCAAAAUGUUCGGAUACAUAUCAUGCCAUCCAUGAACCCCGAUGGCUACGAAAAAUCUGUAGAAGGAGACGUAUCGGGGAUUUUUGGAAGAAACAACAGCAACAACUAUGAUUUGAAUCGGAACUUUCCAGAUCAGUUUGUCCAAAUUGCCGAUCCCCUGCAGCCAGAGACCAUAGCUGUUAUGAACUGGCUGAAGACCUACCCCUUUGUGCUAUCUGCCAAUUUGCAUGGAGGAUCUCUGGUGGUUAACUACCCCUUUGAUGACGAUCAGCUAGGAAUUGCCACAUAUAGUAAAUCCCCUGAUGAUGCUGUUUUUCAGCAGCUAGCUCUUACCUAUGCUAAGGAGAACGUGCAAAUGUUCCAGGGCCACCCAUGCGACAACAUAUAUCCUGAUGAAUAUUUUCCUCGUGGCAUCACUAACGGGGCGAAUUGGUAUAACGUUCCAGGUGGCAUGCAAGAUUGGAAUUACCUGAACACCAAUUGCUUUGAGGUGACUAUCGAGUUGGGCUGUGUCAAAUAUCCCAGGGCAGAAGAAUUGCCUAAAUACUGGGAGAAGAACCGCCGGUCGCUGCUGCAGUUUAUCAAGCAGGUUCACCAAGGGGUCAGAGGGUUUGUUUUGGAUGCCACCGAUGGGCGAGGCAUCUUGAACGCGACCAUCAGCGUGGCCAGCAUCGACCACCUAGUCUCCACCUAUAAAGCCGGAGAUUAUUGGCGUCUGCUGACUCCAGGAACGUACAAGAUCACGGCAUCUGCCCGCGGGUAUAAUUCAGAGACCAAGACAGUAAAAGUCGAAGAGAGCAAUGCAGUGCAAGUCAACUUUACUCUGAGUCGAAAAGGCCCCCGAGUGGAAGAAGGAUCAGCACCCCAUGUGAACAUGGCGGACUCCAACGGGUCAGUCACCAAGGAGUUUGAAACCCUGAUCAAAGACCUCUCGGCAGAGAACGGCUUGGACCAUCUCCUCUUGGCUCCUUCCGCUGAUGUUCAGCCUUCCCGUUAUCGCCCCUACAAAGAUCUGUCCAUGUUCCUCAGAGGCUUGAAUUUGAAUUAUCCAGAAAUCACCAAUCUCGUUAGCUUGGGCCAAAGUCGGGAGAUUCGUCACAUCUGGUCCCUGGAAAUCUCUAACAAACCCAAUCAGUCUGAGCCAGAAGAACCAAAGAUCCGUUUUGUUGCCGGCAUCCAUGGCAAUGCCCCUGUCGGUACCGAGCUGCUCCUGGCACUGGCAGAGUUCCUCUGCAUGAACUACAAAAAAAACACGGCUAUCACAAAGCUGAUUGAGAAGACAAGAAUCGUGAUUGUGCCGUCCCUAAAUCCAGACGGGCGCGAGAACGCCCAGGAAGGCGAUUGUACCUCCAAACUGGGACAGACCAAUGCCAACGGCAAAGAUCUGGACACCGAUUUCACAAGUAAUUCUUCUGUGGCAAGGGAGCCCGAAACAAAAGCCAUUAUGGAGAACCUGAUCCAGAAGCAAGACUUCAGCCUCUCCGUUGCCUUAGACGGCGGGUCCCUCCUUGUUACUUACCCAUAUGACAAACCAGUGCAGACCGUGGAAAAUAAGGAAACUCUGAAACAUUUGGCUUCUGUCUACGCAAACAACCAUCCUACAAUGCACUUAGGACAACCUAACUGUCCAAACAAAUCAGAUGAGAAUAUCCCGGGAGGUGUGUUGCUUGGAGCACAGUGGCACAGCCAUCUAGGUAGCAUGAAGGAUUUCAGUGUCACCUAUGGGCAUUGCCCAGAGAUCACAGUCUAUACCGGUUGCUGUUACUUUCCAAGCGCAGGACAACUCCACACUCUCUGGACAGAGAAUAAGAAAUCUCUUCUCAGCAUGCUGGUGGAGGUUCAUAAAGGAGUCUAUGGCUUUGUCAGAGACAAACACGGCCGACCGGUAUCCAAGGCCCAAAUUGUGUUCAACGAAGGGAUAAAAGUGUGCACCAAGGAAGGUGGCUAUUUCCACGUGCUUCUCGCUCCGGGCUAUCAUAAGAUCCACGCCAUAGCGGAAGGCUAUCAGCAGCAGCACGUCCAGGUCUUGGUUCGUCAUGACAUGGCCAGCUUCCUGCGUAUACAGUUUGACAUAGACAACAAAGUCUUUGGUUUUCCAAGAGAGUUGGUGGUUACAGUAGCAGGUGCCACCAUGUCGGCCAUGAUCCUCACCGCCUGCAUCAUCUGGUGCGUGUGCUCCAUCAAGUCCAACCGCCACAAAGAUGGCUUCCACCGCCUACGGCAGCACCACGACGACUACGAGGACGAGAUCCGCAUGAUGUCCACCGGCUCCAAGAAGUCGCUCCUGAGCCACGAAUUCCAGGACGAAACGGACACGGAGGAGGAAACAGUUUACUCCAACAAACACUGAUCUUAUCCCCUGGCAGGGAAGUUCCCCUGCGGAGACAAGGUUUCACUACACGGAGCAUCGUUCCCAGCCGGCGGACCCGGAAUGCGUCACCUUCCAAACCUCAGUUCUCGGUUCAGGCCCAUGUCUGCUUACGCACAAGGAGGCCGUCCUGGACUGCUGGGCUGCUUUUUUUUCUAUUCGGGAUCAGAAGUGGACCCCUUUGGGUAAAACAGACACGCUGAUAACUGAAGCCGCCACGGAGCUGUCGGCUUUCUAGUACUUUGAAAAGUUUUGCUUUAAACCAUUCUAAAUGCCACUUGGGGGGGGAAACAAUAACACACUGCCUACCAAGGCUUAGUCUAAGCUGCUGAUCCACUGCAGCCUAUAGACAGUUGGAACUUUCUUUUUUUCCUUCCUUCCUUCCUUCCUUCCCGCCCGGAAUCCUUUUCAGAGUUGGUUUCGAACUCUGCGUGAAAAGCGACAAACCUUCCCCUCUUGAUUAUGGGGAGUAAAAUUCCUUCAGGUUAGGUCUCCUGGGCAGAUGCUGUUUUCAGAUUAUGUGUUGAGAUAUGGGGAUAUUCUUCCUCUCCCGUUGAGGUUGCAAGUUGUGGGGGUUUUGUUUUUUUUCAAACCACAAUUUUCUGCUGGUUUCCUUUGGGAAUAUAGAAUAGCGGCAGGUGCAUUUCUAUAACUCCGGAUAAGCCGAACACUAAUUGGGUUUUGAAAUGACAGCUUGGUGCCAAAUAUUGUUCUGUAAUUUAUUUUUUUUUGGAGUCUGCGGAAGCCUCCGCGGAGUGCCGCUUUGUUUGACAGGAGCUGCCGUCUAAGAAAGUACUUUCCAUCAGAAAAAAAAAAAAAUCUUGCUUUGAAAGCAUCCAGCCACUUUUUUUCAGGAAAAUGCCUUGUUUUUGUUUUUCCUUUUUCAACAUUAAGUCUCUAACUGCAGUCUCUGCUCUUCUGCCAAGACUGAAUUUUCUGUGGAAUUACAGUAUGCGGUUCUCAGAUUCUUUUUUUUGAACUAGGCCCCGACUAUCUUAAGUGGGUCUAUUCUGGAAGAAAGGUAGCACACACUGGUUACUUGUUCCUCACGUUAUAUGGUGCAUACGUUUAGCCUUUGAUUCUUGUAGCACUUGGGUGUGAAAUGUUAAAAAGAGGGGCUUCAAUGUUUGAGAAAAGCGAGAAGCUGUUGUACAGCGGAUUAAGUACUAGUUCUUCGACUAGAAGACCCAUCUUUAAACAAGAUCAUUUUCCUAUUUAGGCAUUGGGGAGUUAAAUCCCACCAUUCCUUGACAGGAUCGCAUGUGGGAUGAGGAUAUAGUUGAAAACAUUAUCUGAAACUCCAAAGAACUGGAAAGGGAAUCUAGAUGGAAUCUAGAUUCUUGUUACUACCCCAAAGUUUUAACCUCAGACUCCUCAACAUCCUUUCUCAAUCUCUUAAAACUUGUUUCGAUGGCUUAUCCAGACGCUUGGUUGUCCUAAUAAGGAUUUCUCAAAAAGAGUUUUAAUUCCCUUUUGAAAUGUCAAGCCCACUUUAAAGCUGGGGCGUUUAUAAUAACUGUUGGAUUUUGCUCGUCGUUCCCAGGAGAUUCAUUUUGACGGAUAAUACAUUUUAGGGAUCAAGAUGCUAAAGCUUUAGGCUAGCUUGUUGAACAUCCUGCGAAGUAGGACACAUUGUGGGGCUUCUCUCCAAACUCAUCCAAAUAAUUUCAGCUGGUCAGUUUGUUUUAGUCCUUCCCAUCUGUUGGAAAUUAUGCAGUACUCAACCAAGUGCCUCAGUUUAUUAGCAUUAUUAAUUAUCCUGGUACAUCCAGGCCAGUAGAUUGUCAGCAGGUUCAAGCGACAUUAUCCUGGUUACGUUCUGCUUUAAUUCAGCUGUGCUGCUUCUCGUCCAGUUACCUACCUUUGAAAUGAAGCUGGAUAGUAACUGGCCCCAAAUCCCUAACUUGCUAUUUUGGGGUUUGGGAUAGGGUUCUUUAAUCCAGGGGUUCUUCUAACUUGGCCCCUUUGAUGACUUGCGGACUUCCAACUCCCAGAAUUCCUCAGCCAGGCACGCGUGCCUGGCUGAGGAAUUCUGGGAGUUGGAAGUCUGGAAGUCAUCAAAGGGGCCAAGUUGGAAGAUCCCUGCUUUAAUCUAUAUUGCAAUGGUCUUUAUCCUCUUCAUAACCCGGUUCAAAAUUAUUAUUAUUUUUUUAAAAAAAAAAAAAAAGGCAGUUCAGAAUCUCUGGACGAAAUUUGCCAGCAAUAAUUGGUGUGUUGAGCACCGGCCACGGUAUCCUUGCAUCUUGUUCAAAUCUAGACCGAAGCCGGCCCUGUCAGCGGUUCACAGCCGGCUGCAUCUUUCUGGGUGGUAAUUACGCAUUUUUUCCCCCCUAAAUAAAACAGGGUGGCUGCUCUUUUUUGUGUAACACCGAGAGGCAACCUUAGCCUCUGUGGCGUAGGAGAAUACAUUGCAGCUACCUGUGUGUGUUUGCCACUUUGAUUUGGGGGGGGGAGGGAGGGAGGGGUCCGUGUACUGUGCCUUCAGAAGUAGAUGUUGAAACGAAGGGCUUGAACUUAAGAAUGCAAACCAGUUACUGUUGCCGACAACUUGAAGGUCUGUGCGUCAAACAAAAAGACUUCUGCAAGUGUGAAAAUUGAUUUAAAUGUAUGCUAAGCUCUAAUCUGUAUAAAGGUCUUUUUCUGGUU